GUGGGACUCUGUGUGCCUGGCUCAUCAUUUGAUUAAGAAGCCUUUCUGAUGGACGAUUUGAAUGCCAAAGGCCAGCUUAUUACCUUUUGCAUAAAGAAUGGAUUGGCUUAUCACUUUAACGAAGUUGAGGCAACAGGACCAUCUCACGAUCCAAGGUUUACCUCCCAAGUAUUUGUUAAUCAAGAAAAACUCGGAGAAGGGCAAGACAAAAAGAAGAAAGGAGCUGAGAACAUAGCAGCCAAAAUGGCACUUUUAACUCUGAAAGAACGUGAGAAUUCUGUUGCAGCUGCGGAACAAAGUACCUCAGAGCAAGACUCCUCUUCCAUUGUAUUCCUUGCAAGUAACUCAGAAAACCCAGUACCAGCUACUAGUACGGAAAUGGAAAAUGGGUGCGAAGGGAACUAUGUUGGAAAACUCCAUGAACUGUGUCAGAAACAUAAACUGAUUUGCAAGUUCUUCGAUGAAUGCUAUGGACUACCACACAUUCCUGAGUUUUGGUGUAAAGUGGUGAUUGGUGAAGAAGAAUUUCACAAAGUCAAAGGAAAUAAUAAGAAAGAAGCCAAGAGAAAAGCAGCUUAUUUUGCACUUAUGUCCCUUAAAUCGAAAUACCCAUAUGAUAUUCAGAUCUCAGAUCUUGGCGUUUAUACUGAAGACAGCAAAUUAGAAAAUUCUUCUGAAAGCCCUUCUGAAUCUGCAGCCAAUAGUUUAGAGGACAAGGGACCCAAAAAUGGAACCACUAAGGAAGCUGUGCCUCACCCAUCAAAUGCAACACCAACUCUUCCACUAAGGACACGAAAAUAUGAAUUAGCUGUAAAGUUCCCAAACCAGGAGAAAGGAGCCCAGUGUACUUUAGAUGAAACUUUUCUACGGAAUUUUACUGAAAUAAGUCGUCUUGGUUCUGGUGGAUUUGGAACUGUUUUAAAAGCAAAAUGCAAACUUGCUAAUAAGUAUUAUGCCAUCAAGAGGGUAAAGCUGUACGAUAAAUGCGUAAAGGAGGUUGAAGCUUUGGCACAUCUAGAUCACCCCAACAUUGUUCGAUAUAAUCAUUCUUGGACUGGAGAAGACUGUUGUUCAGAGAGCACCUAUAGCAAUAGUGAUUUCAGUUCAUCUCCAGGGUCAAAAGAUGAUUAUCUCUUUAUACAGAUGGAAUGGUGCGAAAAAGGAACUUUGAAAAGCUGGAUUAAACACAUGAAUAAAGUUGAAAAAUUCAAAAGUCUGGUUAUAUUUCGGCAAAUCAUUGAGGGAGUGAGGUACAUUCAUUCGAAAGGCCUUAUUCACCGAGAUCUUAAACCUGCAAAUAUAUUUUUUGCAGAAGAUAUGAAAAUAAAAAUUGGAGAUUUUGGUUUGGUGACCCAGAUGACUGGAGAAGCAGACAGGCAAGCUCUAGAGCGAACCAAAGGCAGGGGAACAAAACCUUACAUGGCUCCAGAACAGUACGAAGAAACAUAUGAAAGUGAAGUGGACAUUUUCCCAUUAGGUUUAAUACUGGUUGAACUCUUUUAUAUUUUUAAAACCGUUCACGAGAAACAAGAAGAAUGGAAAAAAUUGCGGAAUGGAGAGUUGCCACCAGCUUUUGUACAGCAAUAUCCCACUGAGGAAUCUAUAAUCAAGAAGAUUCUGUCACGUGACCGAAAAAAAAGACCAACAGCCGCUCAACUAAAAGAAUAUUUUAAAGAAAAUUACAAUUUGGACUCACAAACCCAUUAAACUUUUAGAUUGCAA